UUAUUAUUUGAUCUGAUAAAAGUUUAUUUUGAACAUGUUAGUGAAAGAAUUGAAUUAGUCAGAGAAUGAAUUAAAACCCACAUGCUUCUACAUGAGUUUUGUUGAUCUCCAUGUUGAAGAAGGAGGAGGAGGAGUAAAAACCCUUAAAUCCUUAAAUCAGGUGAGUCGGACUAGCACGUGUCUCAGGUAAGUGUCACGUGUGAAGCAGACAGGUGUAAAGGUGUAUAACGGGAGGGGUUCGGAUCCUCGUUAUCCCUUCUGGGGAAGAUAGGUGGCGCUAGCUGCUCUGUUUAUUUGCUGGAAAGAAAAAAUAAUGUGACAGGAGGCGGGAGGAGGACUCAGAUCGAUCAGCCCCGACCUGCAGCCCGGACUCCGCAGCUCCGACCCACCGGGACCCACCGGGACCCACCGGGACUGAGCGGGACCAGGUCUUUGUCUCUGCAGGGAGGAGGUGCAGCAUCAGCGGCUCGUCCCCUGUUUCUUCGCCGUGUGUCUUGUCUGAGACGCGGAUCGUCUCCGGCAGCGGGAGGACCCGGACCAGGACCCGGACCAGGAGCCCAUGCCGACCGGGGACAUUUAUCAAUGAAGCCGGAGAUCAUGGCGGAGGGUCCCCGAUGCAAGAGGCGCAAACAGGCCAACCCCCGGAGGAAGAGCGUCUUGAAUUAUGACACUGUGCUGGAGACGAACUCGGAGACCGAUGAGGAGGACAGCUUCCCUGAUGGAGGAGGAGGAGGAGAAGGGAUGGGGGAGGAGGAAGUGGGAAGUCCAGCCGGAGUUCCUGACCUGGAGUCGUCUCCUCGGGUCGGCCACGCUCUGCUGUCCCAUCGGGACCAGGACGGUCCGGAGGACCCGGGCUGGAGACUCGAUGACAGGAAGGAGGAGUUUGACGUUCUAGGUCCGGUUGCCGUGGGAAACGAUGGAGGGAAGAGGCUGGAUCAGUACUUCCUUAAAAGGAAACUAGAGGACGGGCACCCAGCAGCCAUCGCCCACUUCCUCCACCGCAGCGACACCGCCAUCAUUUACCCAGAAGCCCCGGAGGAGGUGACACGCCUGGGAACGCCCGAGGCCCUGGGCCCGGACGACAGCGAGCACGACCUGGCGGCCGGAGCUGCCGACGACUUUGCUCAGCUGUUGACGUGUCCGUACUGCGACCGCGGCUACAAGCGUCUGACGUCUCUGAAGGAACACAUCAAAUACCGACACGAGAAGAUGGAGGAGAUGUUGACCUGCCCGCUGUGCAGCGACACCUUCAGCCACCGCGCUCAGCUGGAGCGUCACAUGACCACACACAAGGCCGCCACAGACCAGCCUCCAGCGCUCAGUGAAGGAGCUGGAAACCGCAAGUUCAAAUGCAGCGAGUGUGGAAAAGCCUUCAAGUACAAGCAUCACCUGAAAGAGCAUCUUCGUAUUCACAGUGGUGAGACGGGAUCAGUGACAACGUUGUCUGAUUCACAGAUUGAUAAUAUGUCAUGGAAAAUAAAAAUAGGUGAGAAACCGUACGAGUGUUCCAACUGUAAGAAACGUUUCUCCCACUCUGGAUCCUACAGUUCCCACAUCAGCAGCAAGAAAUGCAUCGGCCUCAUCUCCCUCAACGGUCGAGUACGAAAUGGAAGCAGCGGCAAAUCCGCCUCCUCCCCCAACUCCACGACGUCGUCUCCGGGAAGCCCCGGCCUCGCCCAUCUCCGACACAAACUGGAAAAUGGCCGAGCACUAGGUCUGCCGGAUCAACAGAGUCAGCUGGACCUCAAAGCCGAUCCAAUGGACUUCAGCGAUUACAGACUGCUAAUAGCGUCCCAGCAUGGGUUUAGGGGGCCGGGGGUCUACCUGAACAGCCGUGGAGGAAGCCCCUUGGGGGUCCACAGCUCCUCCCAGAGCCCCCUUCAACAUCUGGAACACCUGGGAAAGGUGGGCUUGGAGCUCCCCCUCCUGGGCUACCCAGGCUCUCUGGGGAAUAACCUGAGCGAGGUGCAGAAGGUGCUGCAGAUUGUGGACAACACGGUGUGCAGGCAGAAGUUGGACGGGAACCCAGAGGAGAUCUCCAAGCUCAGGGCCUACAUGAAGGAGCUGGGGGCCCAGAUGGAGGAGCACAAGUUGGCUCAGGCCGGAUUCCACGUCGGAGGCCACGGCAAUCCCACCAAGAGCAUCAUCGACUACACACUGGAGAAGGUCAACGAGGCCAAGACUCUCAUCCAUGAGUCCAAGAACAUCACGAAGGAGAAACCAACCCCCCCAGAAGAUCUCUGCGGGGAACACGACGUCCAGAACCAGUUCCUGCCCUUCUCCUGCCAGUACUGCAGGGAGGCCUUCGCCGGGCCCAUCCCGCUGCACCAACACGAGCGCUACCUGUGCAAAAUGAAUGAGGAGAUCAAGGCCGUCCUGCAGCCGGUGGAGACAAGUCCUCCCGGCCACCGGGGGGCGAUGUCCUCCGAGCUGUCCAGCAAAGAGCGGGCCACCAGUCCAAUCAACCACUUCAAGGACCAUGUGUCAGUGCUGAAGGCCUACUUUGCCAUGAACACCGAGCCCAGCUCAGAGGAGCUGCUCAAGAUCUCUGUUGCUGUGGGACUUCCUCAGGAGUUUGUCAUGGAGUGGUUUUCCCAGCGGAGGAACCAAAACCACCCCUCAGGAAGUCUGAGGAAGACGUCGCCCCCUCCUGACCACGGCCGACAGGAUGUCAGCCACAGUCAUGGAGGCUUCUCCAACGGAGAUGCCGCCCACAGACAGACCAACCACUUCACGGCCAACCAACCCCCAGAGCCCCUGGACCACCUGAGGACUAGCACUCCGUCGCCCCUCAACCUUUCCUCCACCUCCUCCAAAACCUCUCAGAGCAGCUCGUACACUCCCAACAGCCUGGCUUCAGAGGACGCCCACGGGGACAUACCUCUGGAUCUGUCGCUGCCAAAACUCAUGGCCCAGAGGCUGUUCUCCCGACCCAACGGAGAACUAAUGGCACGAGAACAGGUGCCCGGGCCCUUUGACAUGGUCAACAUCAAGAAGGAAGUCCUGGUCUCUGACACUGGAGGGAGCGCCACCCACCACCUGGACAAAAGCUCCAGCCCCAUUUUUGGGAUUAAUCCAUUUGCUGGCGGUCCCGUCUACACCUCCCUGCCACCUCAUGGACCGUUUUCUUCCCCAGGCUUCAUGGCUUCCACUCAAGCCACCAUCCCAGGCCUCAGGCCCUACCCGGGCCUGGACCCCAUGAGCUUCCUGCCCCACAUGGCCUACACCUACGCCACGGGGGCGGCCACGUUGGCUGAAAUGCAGCAGUGUAGAAAGUACCACCGGAAACCAGGUUUCCAGGGGGAGUUGCUGGACGGGACGGACUAUCUGUCGGGCCUGGACGGCCUGGACGACCUGGCAGACAGCGAUUCGCUGCUGUCCAGGAAGAAGAUGAAGAAGACUGAAAGUGGUAUGUACGCCUGUGACUUGUGCGACAAAACAUUCCAGAAGACCAGUUCCCUCCUAAGACACAAAUAUGAACACACAGGGAAACGUCCUCACCAGUGUCAGAUCUGUAAGAAGGCGUUCAAACACAAACACCACCUGAUCGAACACUCGCGGCUGCACUCGGGAGAGAAACCCUACCAGUGCGACAAGUGCGGGAAACGCUUCUCGCACUCAGGCUCAUACUCGCAGCACAUGAACCACCGCUACUCCUACUGCAAGAGGGAGGCUGAGGAGCGCGAGGCGGCCGAGAGGGAGGCCAGGGACCAGGGGGGAGGAGGAGGAGGAGGCCUGGAGCCCACAGAGCUGAUGGCGAGGACGGCCUACCUGCAGGGCCUGGCGCCCCUCGGAUACCUGGACCCCGAGGACCAGCAGGAGGACGGAGGUAGUGCGAUCAUGAGGGAGGACGGUAAGGGAGGAGGAGGACGGGAGGAAGUUGGGGACAAGGUGGCGUUCAAGGGCGUGGCAGAUAGACAGGAAGCAGGUUUGAUGGAGGAGGAGGAGGAGGAGGAGGAGGAGGGUGGGAGACAUCAGGACUCGAUCAGGGACCAGAAUGGAAAAGACGAUGGAAAGCCGUUGGACAAGAGUUCACGAGAUGGACGGACAAACGGGACGUCAGACCAGGAGGACUGAUCCAGGAAGAGAUCAGGACUUAGUUUACUGAAGGGACGUUCUUCUUCUUCUCUGUUUUAAUUCAGACUGGCCUCCGACAGAAGAAGAAGAAGUCAGGACUUUUCCCUCGGAACCAGUGAACCCAGUUCCUCAGAGUUAUCAGGUUCAGCUAGCCUCAGCGCUAGCCACAGCUAUGCUAAUGAUUGUUAACAUAUAAAGGUUUUAUUAUGAAUCUGAUAGGUCCGAGGUGAGGGAACUGGUCUAAUUAGUGGAUUUAUUAUUAUUAUUAUUAACUAUUAGCAGUAUUAAUGGUCUCCCUGCGCGGAGCUGCUAGCGCCUCAGUCACGAAGCUGAGAUUCUUUAAAACCCUUAUUAUGCAAGAAGAAGAAGAAGAAGAAGAAGAAGAGGAGGUGGUGGUCGUGUACAGCUGUGUGGUGCUAUCAUUUACUUCCAGUCUCAUCGUGUUUCAAACUUCAGGAAGAAUCACUACAAAAUAAAAGAAGAAGAAACAAGGAAAUGAAGCCACUUCCUUUACUGUGACCUUUGACCUUUACUGUGACACGUCCAAAAAGCAUUAAAAACAUAAACAAUCCAUCUGGACUUGUAGAGUCGAGAAGAGACGUUUCGUCCGCGCCUCUUCUUCAGUUCUAAGGGACUGGAGGGAGUCAUGGACUCCUCUGUCUCAGACCAUUCGUCUCCUCUGGCUCAGAUUUGGACAUUGUCCUCUGUCCCUGUGCCACUUCUUACAGCAUAUGUCUGGUAUAAAUAUAGAUAAACAUAGAUCAGGAAUACUGGAUCCAAACCAGAACCCCGUCCCAAACUAUAUGACAGUGGUGGCAUUCAGUCGUCCACAUUGUCUCCAACCGUCUCUUAGGACUGAAGAACAUGAUGGAACGUCUUCUCUGAACUCAAGGUCCAGAUGUUUCUUUUUGUUGUCGACUGUGACCUUUGACCUUUCCAUUUCAUUUGCCAAGGACAAACUAACAUUUAUUUCAUUUAUUUUGUUUGUGUGAAGAACUUUUAAACUUUUCAAAAUAAAAUGUGAUGUGAGUCCCCCCCGUCCUCCCCCGUCCUCCCCCUCCUGGUCUUCAGUAUUACACCUCGUCAGUGUUAGCUCACUCCCUCUUCAUACGUUUACAUUUGUUUGUGCAAUUUUUCAUUUGGUAAUUUUCUUGUUUUUGUUGAAUUUUCCAACAGAUUUUUCUUUUUUUCUUGAUUCAUUUGAGAGUUGAACGUAUUUAUGUGUCUCAUUUUAUAUUUCCUCCUUUUAUUUAUUUCCUGCUGUAGUGUACAGUGUUAGACUUCCUAGUUAGUCUUCUAAAACUACUGGAAAUUAUACAUCGGAGGAACUUUUGAUACGAAGCUUCUUGUGAAAACACUGUAUUUUAAAUAAAAAUCCACUUUAUUCAUCCCACUGGAGAUGAUGAUGAUGAUGAUGAUGAUGAUGAAGGAAUUCCUGAAGUAUUAUUUGAUAUUUUCCUGGUUAUGCUCCAAUAAAUGUAGCUAAAUUAAAUUUUAAUAAAGUUGUUCUGUACUCUCUUUGAUCCAUUAA